UCUUCACACUUUGAUUUGACAGUACAUGUACGCCACAUUGUGGAUGUAUGUACCUUUUCGUUGUACUGUCUCUGGCCAUCAGUCAUUUUGCCCCGUAAGAGGCAGGGACAAGAGUGGGCCCCUAGACAUGCUAAUUGCUAGACCUUGAGUUUCAGUGUCUUAAAUCACCCGAUCCUCUUGCAUGGUUCCAUAACCCAUGUGAGCUGUUCAUGGAGAGGUGAGCUACUCAUCUACAUGAAGGUUGUUAGGCCUAUCAGGAAUAGUUUGCCAUUCAAUAGUAUAAUGCUGGCAAUGUAGAUUUUCUUUUCAAAGUGUAUCGACUAUCGCAGUCAACUCAUCAUAGUUUCAUUUUAUGAAAUAUUUCGAUUCUUCGAUCAUUGGGCGUUGAACUGGAUACAAAGAUUACAGUUUGAGGCUCGGCACAUCCAUCGCAAGUGGAGACUUGGCAGAAGUGAAGAAACUUUUAGAUCCAAUCACUGACUAUGAGCAGAUCGUGGAGAUUCAAGACAUGUUCGGAAGCAUGCCGGGGUAUGAAGAGAGAGACCCCGUUGUGCGAGCAAUAGAAUUGAAUCAAGAAAAGAUAGCUGUCUAUCUCAUUGAGAAAUACUUCUCCUUCAACAACACAUAUUAUAAACCAGGAGAGGAAUGCGAGCCGUGGUGCUAUGCCCUCCAUGUUGGUAAACCCUGCCCCUCGCAGUAUGAUGCCCUCAAACUGGCUGAGGAGAAGAACAUGUCAUUCAUCGAGAAACUCAUGGGUGAAAUCAGAUCUGGUACACGGGUGCCUGGUGAAACGCUCAAAUCAAAUCGUCGUGUCAGCGUAGACUCGCUGACGGAGUUUGCAGAGAAGAAAUGGUCGCUAAAAGAGGCCAACUUCAAGCGCCAGUUCAGUACGAUGGACAAAUAUGAGAAGUUUGCCGCUGAGCUUGAAGAUAAGAUCAUCAAUGGCCAGCUUGGUGAGAUCAGGAAAUGUUUAGAUCCCAUCGUUCAAAUUGAGGAAGUUGAAACAAUCUUAGAAGCAUUUGGAGAUCGCGAUCCUGUGAUUCGAGCUAUUGACUGUCAACAGGAGAAGAUAGCCUGUUAUCUUGUCGAGAAGAAUUUCCCAACUCACAUUUACUAUGAUAAUCCAGGCUUUGAGUGCGACGAAUGGUGUUACUCAUUACACGAGGGUAGCCCGUGUCCUAAUCAGUUCACAGCGCUCGACUUGGCCAAGAGGAAGAAGAUGACGCUGUUAGCAAAUCUGAUUGAAAACAUUCACAGUGGAAAGUGGAAGCCAGGAGAUGGCCUUAAGCUGGAGAGGAGAGUCAGUAUGGACCGGCUGCCGCCUCUCCAUGAAUCUCUGAAGAUACCUUCGGCUGAGACGAAAAUGGCCAAAAAGCUUGAGGAUCUGUUGACGCUGGGAGAUCUGAUGGCUGUCAAGGAACUCUUAUCACCUGUCACCUCGCCGGAAGUGAUAGGCACACUUGUCAGGGAUUUUGAAGAGUGUGAUCCAGUCACUUAUGCAGUUGACCACAUGCAGGAGGACGUGGCUUGUUACUUAGUGGGAAAAGGCUUCCCAUUUGACUUGAAGUACAAUUAUCCUGGACAAGAGUGUGACCAGUGGUGUUACGCAUUACACAAGGGGUCCCGGUGUCCAGCAGUGUACGAUGCGAUGCAGAUGGCUCAGGAGAGGGACUUGAAAAAAGUGUGUCGCUUGAUGGAGGACAAAAAAGCAAGCUAGCUAAUGGAGAGAUGUCACAUUUUCGAGGAGGAGGAAAUGGUCGUAGGCUGACCAAACCAAGCCUGACAUGUGGGAGAUGAGACAGCUUGAUCUCUACGCAUGUCAAGAUACUGUCCCCACCUGGAGGGAAACUUAAUUACUUUCUACGAAAUCCUACUGUAUAGGAUAUAUAUUUGUGUGUUCACCUGUUAACCUAGAACCAGGACAGAACUUUGUAGAAUUAAACUUGAUGUUUAGGAAGAAGACGUUAUUUCAAAUUUUUAUUGUCAUUUUGGCUGUCAUAGCGUACUUUCUGAGCUAAUUUUAGCCCGAGUGCGAAGCACUAAGUGAUGGAUUGAGUUAAAGAUCAGUGAGCAUUACUAAAAAAAUUGGGGAGGGGACUUUUGCCAACACAGACAAUCCAUCAACAAUAGGAUACGAGAGUUUAAAUUCGGCCAAAUUAACAAAACGUGUUGUAAAUGUACCAGUACAUAUAGCCGUAGAUACAUCUGCAUCUGUCCUGUAUUAUAUCUUUGUAUCAAAACUUUAUAUGUUUUUUAUGGUAAGUUAUUUCAUGUUUUAUUCGAAUUGUAAAUUGAAUGGGCAAGUUGUAUAACUUGUUUGAUGAAAGAAGAAAAAAAUUGAAAAACUUGCCUGAGUAUAAGUACAUACAGACUUAUUGCAGAAAAAACAGGAAUCGAACACAGCUGGUAGCAAAAGCUGAUCAUAAAGACUCUUUCUUGCUGAUAGGGAUAUCUCUUUUGCACGUACUUAAGAUGUAGGAGGCUUUGAUAUAUUCAUGAGUUAAGGGGGCUAUGUAUUAUUCAACAAAUUUUCUGAGUUACUGCAUCUUGUGGUGAACUCUAAAAAGACAAUUUACAGUAGAUUUUUUGGCAUUAUGACUUUUGGUCAUUGAUGAGAUGGUAUUUGAUUCUGCUGCCUAAAUUAACUGCACUUGCAGAGUGGGAACUUAUUUUGAUACAUAGUGUGAAGCUGCAUUUCAUGAUUGUCUUGGUUUCAUGCAUACUGUUUUCAUUGGUGCUUAAUGAAUUUGAGAAAACAAACCAUGUAGUUCCGACCUUAUUUUGUCUUCCAAAGAUCAUGAGCAGCAUUUAAGUUGUUUUCAUAGAGUCAUCAUCAAUGACGAAAAUAUUAGAUCAGUUCAAAGGGCAAUGUCUCAAAAUAUGUCAGUCAUUUAAAUCUUUUCUGCUUUUGCAGCUGCCAUAAUUCAACUAACCUUUAUCAACCCUAUAGCUUAUCAUUCUUUGGCAUACAUCACAGCGUUCGAUACUGCCAUUGAGUUUCUUAAGGACCUCAAUAUCAUUGUUUUCAUUUGUUGAAAGGACAAAAACCAAAAUUAAUAGCCAUUGCAUGUAUGUUCAUAGGACAAAAGGUUUCUCUAAAAUAACCUACUGUGGUGUUGUAAAUUAUUUUUUAUGAUGUGUAUGUGAGUUAGUAUUUUCCAAGUAUGUGUACUUAUUGUAUCUUUUACUUAAAGUGAUAAUGAUGUCUGUCACAACACUUGUUCAAACAUUGGGCCUUGUGGCGCUAAAUAGUUCUUUAUAGUCUCUUUAGAUACUGGAUAUAAAUUUAAACUCAAGUUUGUUGUCCUCAUAUCUGCCCGGUAGAUCCAGAAUUAUGGAAAAUGGAGGUGCAGGCCCACCAUGAGAGCACUGGAAAUUUGAGUGCCAAAUAUGUGAGAGCAAAAAGAAUUACAUUAGUAGUUAUGAUAUGUUCCUUGUGUAGUAGUGCGCAAAAAAGUAGCUGCUCUCUGACCAAAAGGAAAGCAUGUACCUAAUGCGCCACCCCCUGAUAAUUUCGGCCAAUGCUGUAUGUACAUGCAUGUAGAAUGUAAAGUUCAUUUUAUGUAUUAUGAUGGUGCAAAUAAAUUGAUUUCAA